CGCUGGACGCGUUUUAGCGAUGGCUUCUGCUCUCAACAGCAAAAUUCACGCACCCGGGAAUUGCCAGGGCUCCAAAGCUGAUGCCCACGGUGGCGCCGGCUGGAGAAUGGACUCUGACCCCGAGAUGCACGUGAAAAUGUGCAAGAAGAUUGCCCAGCUCACCAAGGUGAUUUAUGCCCUGAACACACGCCAGGAUGAGGCCGAGGCCAGCAUGGAAGCGCUGCGGGAAGCCCACCAGGAGGAGCUCCAGAGCGCGGUGGCGGAGACCAAGGCCAAGCUCCUGCAGGAACAGGGCCACGCAGAUGAGGAGGCACUGCUCCAGCGCAUCCAGGCCCUCGAGAGCGCCCUGGAGCUGCAGAAGAGGCUGACGCAGGAGGCGCUGGCCCACUCAGCCACGUGCAGGCUGGAGACCAAAGAGCGGGAGCUGAGGGUGGAGGCAGAGCACGCUGAACGGGUCCUCACCCUGUCCAAGGAGAUGCUAGAGCUCAAGGCUGACUACGAGAAGAGGCUCCAGCACCUGAUGAGCCACGAGGCGCCCCAGUGGGGUCGGCUGUCCCAGGAGAGCCCUGACCCAAAGGCAGAUCCACGCUCGGGCCCCGAGAUGCGGGAGGUCCUGCUGGAGGUGGAGCGGCUACGAGUGGAGAACCAGCAACUGAGCAAGGACUACGCCCGGAAGGCCGAGGAGCUGCAAGCCACCUACGAGCGGGAAAACGAGGCCAUCCGGCAGGCCAUGCAGCAGUCGGUGAGCGAGGCCCUGUGGCAGUGGCAGGAGAAGGAGACCGACCUCCGCAAGAACUUCCAGGUCCAGGAGUCGGCCCUGCAGGCCCAGGUCAGGAAGCUGGAAGGGGACCUGGAGCACAGAGGCCGCAAGAUCAGUGACCUGAAGAAGUAUGCCCAGAAGCUUAAGGAAAGGAUUCAGGACCUGGAUGUGCAGCUCAAGGAGGCUCGACAGGAGAAUUCAGAGUUGAAAAGCACUGCGAAAAAACUCGGGGAGAAGCUGGCUGUUGCCAAAGACAGACUGAUACUGCAGGAGUGUCAUGUGACCCAGAAAACGGAUGACAUGAAGACAGAGCGAGUUUCAGAGACAGAAGUCCUAGGGAAAGCGAAUGACGUGGAAGGCCACAGUCUCUUUCCUCAGCAGAAUCCGAACUUUCCCAAGGAGUGCCCAUGCAUGAAAGCAGGAACAGCUACACAGGUAGUACCAAAAAAAGAGGCGAGUGUGGAGACGGAAUCCAUAAAACAACAAUAUGAAGAAGACCUUCGUAAAAAACAUCAAACAGAAGAGGAGAAGAAACAUCUCAGAGACCAGCUGGUGAAGCGACUGGAAGACCUGGUGAAGAAGCACACCAUGGAGAUCAAAUCGGUUCGCUCGUCAGUGGAGGCUGAAAGGAAGAGGCUGCAGACGGAAGUAGAAGCACAGUUGGAGGAAGUGAAGAAGAAAUCAGAAAAUGAGAUAAAGCAGCUAGAAGAAGAGAAAGCGGCCCUAAACGUGAAGCUCCAGAAUUCUCUGCUCGAGGUGUUAAGGCUGGAAGAAUUUAUUCAACAGCAUAAGGGGCAUUCCCGAAGAGGUGAGGAAAGGACUCAGGAAUUAGACUGUCAGCACUGCAGCAUUUCAGAGACCAGAUGUGCCGCCAUGCCUUUGGCUGCAGUGGUUCCAAUGCACACGCCCCCCAGCAACAGAGGUGAACGAAUGCCUGUUGCCCCGCAGCCUUACCAACACAAAACAGGGACUGAUCUGGGGGUGGAAACGGCGAUGCCAGAGCAGGAUGUGAAAGGACAACUUCCCGGUGAAGUUCUUGCCGGGCAGGGGGCUAUAAAACUGAAGUUUGUUCUAGACUCAGGCCCUCAGCAGUUGUGCCAAAGCUUUCCAGAAGAUCCUUGUGCAGCCAAUACGGGAGAGGGAAUCCAGGAAUUACACAGAGGACUGCCAUCUGCUGCCACCUGCCUGGAUGCUGAAGUUGCACGCGGCUUCACCAGGAAGGGGCAUGGCAGGGGGAAGGAGCAUGUGAAGGGCCCCGAGGCGAAAUCCCUGGGGCCGGGGGCAAGGGAGACGAGGGACACUGAGAAGCUCUCCCAGGAUCCAUGCUUGAAGAUCAGUGAACCUUCUCAGACCCUGCCCAGAGGAGAAGAGUAUCAAGAUAAAUUAGCAGCUGAAGAAGGAACCAGCAGCGAUGAAGAAGAAAGGAUCAAAGUGCCUCACGAGGAAGGAGGUGACGGACAAUCUCCACUGGGCUCUUUGCUGAAGGAGAAGGCACCGGAAAUGCAGUGUCUGCAGGAGGACUGGCAGAGUCAGAAGGCCAGAUUGCAAGCCCAGGUCUCGCAAAUGCAGCAGGCUCUGGAGCGGUGCGCCAGCAACUACGGGGAAGACCUGCAGGAGCUCAAGCGCCUCUCCGACCACGAAAGGGAGAAGCUGCAGCGCGAGCUCCAGGAGACCAGGCAGCAGAACCAGGCUGUGAAAGCCCAGCUCGAGGCUUCCCACCAGCGAGCCCUGCGCGUGCUUGAGAAGGCCAAAAAUCAGGAAGUCAAGGCCACAGAGGAGCGCUUGAAGAAGGAAUCCAGCCACAGCCUGCAGAUCCAGCACCAGGCACACCGGCUGGAGCUCCAGGCCUUGGAGGAAAAGGCCCGGCAAGAGCUCCAGGGGGAGCAGGAGAGGAUGCAGGCUCAGCACGCUCUGCUGCUAGAAUCCCUCAGGCAGGAGCUGUGGGAACAGCGGACUGCCUGCUCUGAGCACCAGAAGGACUUGGGGGCGCUGCAGGCUGAGCUGAGCGCUCUGAGAAGCUCGCGCAGGCGGCAGGGCAUCGUCCAGUGUCCAAGAGACAGCGAGGACCACACCCUCACUGCUGAGGAGGGCGGCGAUCGGGGAUCAGCGGACUCCCCAACGGGCGUGGCUGAGCAGGGUCCCACCGAGGGUUGCGGCCUCUGGGAGGAGAACACCCAGCUCAAGGACACGGUGCGGCGACUGCGGGCAGAGGUGGAACAGCACCAGCAGGAGGCGCUACAGCUCCGCGACCAGCACAGGCUGCUGGAGGAGGACCAGCAAGCCCAGCGGGCUCGGGAGAUGGAGAUGCUGCGCCAGGAACACCGGAAGGAGAUGCAGGCCAUGGUGGCAGACUUCAGCAGUGCCCAAGCCCGGCUCCAGGCACGGCUGGCUGCCCUGGAAACGGAACUGAAAGAUUCCGGAGAGAAGACAGGGAAGGGGGCUUCCAGGCCAGAGGACGUUCAGCUCAUUGGCCGUCUGCAGACCCGCUUGAAGGAGAGAGAGGAGAUCAUCAAGCAGCUCACGGAGGAGAGAAGAUUUCACUACGCAGCGUUCCCCAGUGCAAUGUCCCAUCGGAAUCGGUCCUUCUCUUUCAAUCCUCACCCAGGGUAUUUGACGCCUUCCAUGAAGAAAAAGAAGAUAGAGGAAGUGCCCAGCCGAGUGGUCAGUGUGCCAAACCUCGCCUCCUAUGCAAAGAACUUUCUGAGUGGUGAUCUGAGCUCCAGGAUCAACGCCCCUCCGAUAACUAAGUCACCGAGCUUGGACCCAAGCCCCAGCGGUGGUCGGCCUUGCAAACCCACCCAGUCUCUAGAUGGGAAAACUGCCACAGGGACACAAGAUGGUGAAACAGCCCAACCCAAAGAAGUCCAGCAGAAACAGGGCUCUGCCCACCAGGAAUGGUUUACCAAGUAUUUUUCUUUCUAAAUUGAUCCUUGGGACCCAUCACAAAGAGGACAUUUGAAAAACAUUUCUUUUAAAACGUGAUUGAGGGAAUGAACUAAAACAACCAACCAAACAAAUAACAUGCUUGAUAUGAUUUGCAUAUGAUAGCUGAAACAAAUUUUGGCGUUGACAUUGUAUACUGUUUCAUUGUGACACCAGUUCAUUAAAAAAUUCUUGUCACGAGGAUGAAACCAGUGUUCUCAGAAAGCACCCUAGGAAAACGUUACUAACGUUACUGAUGACCUCCAUAGUGUAUUUCUAGUGUCCGUAAGAUUGCAAUCCACUCUGUGGACUGUGAUUUCCAUGGUCUACUUUUAAGGUGCUUUCAUUUUUCCUUAGGGUGUAAGUCAUUUCCACUUGAAAAACAUUUCUAUGUAAAUGAUAUAAUUCAAAAUGCACAUCUAACUUCAGUAAGAAGAGGAAUAAAACAAGUUCAAAUUUACCAGGAAGGCCAAUUAAAGAAAAACAACACAUGAAACUACAAGGAGUGAACAGUGGCAGUUCAUGACCUACUUGGAUUAAGUAUUUUGGUUUCCUAACCCAGGACAUGAAGUAGGUAAUAGAGGGGAUAACACCUACCUCAAAAGGGGCUUUAUGUAAGAGGAUUAAGCAAAAUAACAUGGGUAAUGAUCCCAAUCAUGAAUUGGAAUUAAACACUGCCAGGAUCCUUCUGUGAAUAACCGAGCCUCGCCCCGUCAUGCAUCUCAGUUUCAAUGGCUAUAGUGUCAACUUGGUCAUUUGUGAAGGGUUCUAGAUUAGCUGUUCUUUCAAGUCAAAGAUUUACUGAACCUCUGCUGUUGGUUUUGGUCCAUUUGCCUCAUGGUAUGCUGCUACCCCACUGCAUGGACGCUCAGUACGUUACAGGGACCUGGGAAUGGCCAUUCACGGGGCGGACCUCUGUCAGGCCACACUGUCAGGCCACACUGAAUGGUCGGACCCUAGGAAAGAGCAGUGUGAUUUGACAAGACUCAAUACACCUUUUAGUGAGCAUAAUACGUUCUCACUCCUUUGGUGCUGGCCCAGGAGGUGGCCCAUAAACACCUGUUUAUUCUAUGCACUGUCAAAUCUUUGCUCUUGGAAUAAAACUUUAAACA